AUUAAAACUCUUUGUUUGAACUUGAUUAGUUUUUGUAUCUGUUCGCUCGUCUACGCGUGUUUGGACAUCUUCACAAGGAUAGUUAUCUCACACUCUGCGAUUUUCUAAAAGAUUUCUCGCGUGAUUCAAUUGGAAAGUAAAUGGUGCAUCAAGUUUAGUUGCAAAGACGAAAUGGGUGCCUUAACAACAAUAUUCGCUCUCAUGACUUUAUUCACGGUGGCCUAUGGUGAUGUUGAACUGGAACUGAGCAUUUCAGACGUGUUGACUACGUUCUCAACCAUAGACCGCAUUCUCAGGGCCAUACAAGAACCUGACAUGGACACAGACGGAGGUGGUAAUUCACCCGCAGAAAAUCUUCUCACGAAGGUGAAAUGGUAUCUUUAUGGCUACUUCAGUAAAUUGAUAGACAUGUACGAAAUACGAAGAAACCUGAGGCCAAGAGUGGAAAUGGGGCACGGAACAUAUAAAACUCCGGUUAUCAACUACCCGGAAGGACAUUCAGCGAACCGUAUGAAAUUUAUACUAAAUUUAAAGAAGAAGCGAGAACAACAAGGAAUUCCGGAAUACAAAUAGCAAUGUUAUAGAAUAGUAAU